AUGGAGGGCACCACAAACUUGGUGGUGUAUCGCAACGGUGAGAUAAUACAUAAUACUCAUGAGGGAGUGAGGUUUGUGUCCCAGAAUCCGUUUUCGUUUGUGGUUUCAUGCACGAUGACGUUAAUGGAGCUGCAGAACGGCCUCUGUCAAAGCAUGGAAAACGGUACAUUAAUGAGAGUGAGCAGAAUUCUGUAUCGAAAUUCGAUUGUAGUUUUUGGUGGUCUAAUACAGUUUGAUGUCAUGCCGAUCACUAAUGAAGCGAGUAUGCAGAAUAUGUUUCAAAUUCACCGGCAGACUCAGAUGCAACACCCACAGAUUGAGUUGUACAUUGAGUUUGAAACUGUAGAGGCAGUGGCGGUUCAAAACGAUAUAGAUAUACAUGAUGAUAGAGCUGCAGUGUACGAGAGAAUGAAUAGUGACAGCGAAAAGGACUUCGAAGCCACUUAUGAGGCCGGCGACGAAGAUGAGGAUAGUGAUGUGGGAGUUGAGGCAGCAGCAGAGAAUGUAGUGGUUCAUCCGUCGAGCAGUCAACCGAUGGACGUUCCACCUUUUAUGCGUGAGUUGGAUCUCGAGGCCAUGCAUGCCCCCGAGUUUCCGGAAUAUGCAAACAUAGGGGUUGCUGAUCCUGAGGACGGAGAGUUCCGGAUUGGAAUGGAAUAUAGUAGUAGAAAGUCGGUCGUCGCAGCAAUUAGAAAUUUCACUAUAUCUAAAGGAGUUGACUAUGAGGUGUAUGAGUCUGAGCCACAGACGUUCUAUGCAAAAUGCAAGAUGUAUGGGCGUGGAUGUGACUGGCUUAUCCGAGCCAGCUUGAUACGGAAAAAAGGCUGUUGGGAGAUACGCAGAUACAACGGUAGGCACACGUGCACGAUCGGAACGAUUUCACAAGAUCAUUCCAAGUUGGACUCAGAUACAGUUGCUGAGGCUAUAAGGCCAUUGGUCGAGACGAACCCGACCAUCAAGGUGAAAUCUAUAAUUGCAGAAGUCCAGUCGAGGUUCAACUAUACCAUCAGUUACCGAAAGGCUUGGUUGGCAAAGCAGAAGUCAAUAGCCAAAAUUUUUGGUGGUUGGGAGGAUUCUUACCAAGCCUUGCCAUGGUGGCUCUCGAUCAUGGUGCAGAAGAUGCCUGGUUCAAUUGUCCAAAUAGAAACACGAUCACUGUACGACGAGAAUCAGGAGGCACAGGGGCAUUCAGGCAUUGCAAGCCCCUGGUUCAGGUUGACGGUACACGGAAAAUACAAAGGUACACUUCUAGUCGCUGUUGCACAAGAUGGGAACCAGAACAUUGUGCCUAUCGCCUUUGCCUUGGUGGAAGGGGAGACAGCUGAUGCGUGGCACUUCUUUCUCAGGAAUCUGCGAACGUAUGUUGUUAGAAAAGACGGGGUGGGUAUGAUCUCAGACCGGCAUGAGUCAAUACGGGCAGCAGUUAAUCGUUCCGGUGGUGACUGGCAACCUCCAAGAGCAUGGUGGAUGUUUUGUAUAAGACACAUCGGCAGUAACUUCCUAAGGGCAUUCAAAGUUCCUCACUUGCAGAAGCUUGUUGUCAACAUAGGGUAUUCAAAAACGGUGGAGGAGUACAAUAUCAACUAUAAGAGGUUGGAAGAGCGAGGCGAGGCAUAUGCCAGGUGGUGCGAUGCCAUCGGACUCAGACAUUGGGUAUUGGCAUUCGACGAGGGACAUCGAUGGGGCCAUAUGACAACGAACCUUGUCGAGUGCAUUAACUCAGUGUUGAAGGGUGCCCGUAAUCUACCUGUGUUGGCGCUGGUCCGAGCAACAUAUUAUAGGUUAAAUAAACUCUUUACGCGAAAAAGUGCCGAGACUCAUGAACGCAAGCGUGCUGGAUAUACGUACUCCGCAUUUGCGCAACAGCGGAUAGAAGCAAGUAUGCAACAAGUUGGGAAUAUAGUUGUGCACCGCUUUGAUAGACGAAAUGAGGUGUUUGAGGUGCGCGAAAUGACUACUGGAAAGGUGUUAGUUAUUGAUCUUGCGCGACGGACGUGUGACUGUGGACACUUUCAGGUUGAACGAAUACCAUGUCGCCAUGUUAUUGCUUGUUGUGCUAACCAGCGUCUCGAUUGGCAGUUGUAUGUGCAUGAUGUGUACAAGAUGACGAAAGUUCGUAAGGUAUAUAGAUUUGAGUUCACACCAUUAGGAGAUCCUGAGACAUGGCCUGCUUAUGAGGGACCCACAUUGGUCGCUAAUCCCACCCUGAGGCGAACGUCUAAAGGCAGGCCCAAACUGACCCGAUACUUGAAUGAAAUGGACUCACAUGACAUGCGUAGUCCUCGGAUAUGCCGUCUCUGUGGUGCUCAGGGUCAUAGUCGGAGUAGGUGUCCACAGCGUGCUGGACCGAGUGGUACUGGUUCAUAG